AUGCAGCAACAGCCGCCGAUGGACUUGGUCCAGCUCCAGAAGUUCUGGUCCCAGGCCCUGGGUCAGGCUCCCGCCGCCCCGAUUCCAACCAGUGUGGCCUCAGCUCCCGCUACGCCCAAUAUUCCGCCUUUCAUGACCCAUCCGGUUAGUUUUUGGUGUAGAAUUAACGGUUUCAAAAGGAACUGCGCUAAAAAUUUAAAAAUUGAGAUUUCAGCUAUAAUUUUGAGCAAAAAAACACAAAUUUUUGUGUGCUAAAAAAACCUUGAUUUCACAGUUUUUUUAUCAAAAAAGGCUUCCAGGAUAUAUUUUUGAACACGGAAAAAAACGAAAAAUUAUGCCCGAAUAAUCUUUUUUUAACCCAUUUAGUUAAAUUUAAAUCGAAAAAUGAAGAUUUUUAGUUAGGAUUUUGAGCAAAAAAAUAGCACUUUUUCAGUGUGCUAAAAUUCAUAAUUUUACAAUUUCCCAGACUGGGAUAAUUUCAGAACGCGUUAGGGUCAAUUGAAUCGUGGGAAAAUCUGCCCAAUUAGGUUUGAUCUUCGGUCGAAAAAAUGCAAUUUGCAUUGACUUUGCAAAUUGUCCGCCUCAUGCGUUCUGCAAAUCAGUGUUUUGCGUUCUGCUUGCAGCGAUUUUGUGGUAGAAUAUCACUAACGAACCGUUUUUAAUCAUGAAAUUUCGAAAUUCUUAUCAGAAUCUUUCGAUAAAAAAAUGGCAAAAGAAAGUUGGCGGGGAAAGGGUGCGAACCUGCAUCAUGGGCUUCGCAGGCUAGCGCGCUAGCUACUGCACCACGCUACCAGGAGCCAUGAAAUGGUUGUUGGCGCGACCAGAUUCCUUCCUAACUUUAUCACGUGGUUAAGGAUGAAAACUUUAAAAAAAUCAUACUUUCAAAAAAAUAAAAGUUUUUCACAGGUAGCGACUAUCUGGGAUCGAUUUCCAGUUCAUCAAAGAUUUAUUAAAAAUCUGUUUGGAGAAAAUUUCAAACCCUUAGCUAAAACGGCCUUGCAAACAGAACAAAAUACUCAAAAAUUCAUCCCGAAUAAAACAAAAAAAAAAUGAAGAAGACAUAAUUCUGGUUCUAUAUUUUCGUUCUAAAAAUAGCCAAAAUGUCUUCCAAUCCCCCAUGAAUCACUUCCCAGAAAAACCAAUAAAUUCCUCAAAAGUAAUAAAAUUCGAAAAGAAUUAUUGCCCUUCAUUUCUUUUUCUGUUGUGUUCCCAUGGUUUUAUCCCGGAAAAUGGUUUUGUUGAGGAAUUUAUUGAGAAUUGCAAUUCGGACUCUCGGGACAAACAGAAAAGAUCGUUUUGCAAGAUAGGCUUCCUGUUUUUCGUAUUUGGGUUUGGACACGGCGGGAACGCGGUAACCUUUAUACAGCUGCCAUGUCGCGGCGUAUUUAAAAGCGUUCGAAAUGUCUCGAAAUGGCUCAUUUCGGCCCUUUUCAAUGGAUUUUUGUGCUUUGUUCUUUUCGGCGAUUUUUGGCAGGAAAAUUUUCGAAUUUUUCUGUUUUUUCUGUUUGAAAAGUGCAAAUAUUUCUGAUCAAACUUUUUUCUAACUUGCCAAACUUGGAUAAAGUGAGAUUAUCUUGAAAAAUUGUUUCUAUUUCAAAUUUUUCAGCUUUUGGGGUCAAUAAAAGUUGCAAAAGCUCCCAUUUUUUCUCAUUUUAUGAGCUCUAAUUUAAAUUCAGUACAGUUUUCAGAAAACCGUGAACUUUUAUAGAGUGGAAAAUGAUAGAAAAAUUUUUUUUUCCACGAAAAAAACCUCAUAAUUUUUCGAUCUCCAAAGCGUUAUUAUUAAUUAUAAACUAAUAAAGGUAUUUUUUUAAACCUUAUAAGUUUUUUUGAAUCGCAGUUUUAUCCCGUAAUGAGUAAGUCCUGCUGCACUUUUUAAGCCAAUUUACUUGAUGUCGAAAGAAAACUUCGACGUGUGAGUUACUAAUUAAAAAUAAUUGAAAGUGCAACUUUUUUCCCACGUCUAGGCCUAAUUUCAUUAUUCCUUAUUAGUUUCAUCCGACUUGUUUCUAGAAGGAAAGCUGGAUAUUAUGAGACUUUUAUAUUCUGAAGUGAAACUAGGGGACUUUAAUAAAGUGAAAUUAUGAAAAAAAAAAUUUCGAAUUUUUUUUCGUUAUGCAGUACUUCUAUAUAACUGUAAUAUUGCGCGAAAACGAAUUUUAAAAAAUCUAGAUAUUUUUGAAACUUUUUCUCAAACAUGGAAGUGAUCACUGUGGGAAUAUUAGCGGAGUGAAAUCAAAAAAAAAUUUUUUUUUAAAGAUUUUUCUUUAUACAGUACUUCUAUAUAACUGUAAUAUUGCCCGAAAAACAAGACUUUAAAAAAAAAUUUUAAAAUCUAAAAAUGCUUCUGUGGCACUAAGGGAUCCUUCCCUGAAAAUAAACAUUCCGACAAAAAACCAAAAAAUGCCUUUCCUGUUGAUUUUCGGGUUUAUCUGGGGAUUACGGGGCACAUGUAUGUAGGCUGGUGUUGACAUUGAAGACGAAAAAAAUUGUUCAGAUGAUGCUCGGAAUGAAUCCGGCGCUGAUGGCUCAACUCACACAGGCCCGCUAUCAACAAUACUAUCUUCAGUUGCAAUUCAUGGCAGCUCUCCAGUCUCAGAAUGGUAAUAAGAAUGAAAAAAUGUACACAUUUAGAAUAAAAAAUUAGUUUUUUAUCGAAAAAAUGAUGAAAAAAAUUUUUUCCGGUUCAAAAUUGGACCAUUUUUCACCUAAGAGGGCAGUUAUGAAGUAUUAUUAGGCGAUGGGAAGGACAAAAAUAGUUCAGAAUUUCAGAAAAAUGUAUAAAUUUCGGGGCAGAGCAGUUUUCUACGAAAAAAUCGUGAAAAAACCUUUUUCCGGUUCAAAAUUGGACCAUUUUUCACCUAAGAAGGCAGUUAUGAAGUAUUACUAGGCGAUGGGGGAAGGAUGAAAAUAGUCCAGAAAUUCAGAAAAAUGUAGAAAUUUCGGAGCAAAUCAGUUUUCAAUCGUGAAAAAUCGUGACAAAACCUUUUUUUCCGGCUCAAAAAUUAGACCAUUUUUUUCGCUUUUUAAAUUUUUUUAAAGCUCCAAUUUCACAAUUGGAAGGUUGGAAAAAAAUCGAGGAGUUCGUCCUUUGGGCGGGGGAGGGUCGAAGCUUUAUUAAAAAAAGGCAGAUCUAUGAAAAAAAUUCUGAAGUUUUUUUCAUCCGCUCAUAAAAUUGUAUAGCUCGGGAAAAAAAUAGUUUUUUUAUAUAAAAAGGUCUAAAUGUACUGCUAGUUACUGGAACCAGAGUUUAACCCCCGGGCUCUUGGAAAAUUUUUACAGUAGAGUUUGACUUGUUUAGAAAAGUUUCCAAUAGGGAAAAAAAGACCAAAAAAAGGUUUUUUUAAAUAUCUUUCUCAAGCGGUCAGAAACCUUUGAUCUGAACCUUCCUUCCUAAGCAAACUUGGGGAAGGUACAAAGAAAAGUUGUGCCGAGGCCGGUCGUCUGGCGUUAGAGAUUAGUAUGGGGCCAAUGUCGCAAGCACCAGAAAGAAAACUGUUGCGCAAUGGCCAAGUUCUUUUCGCACUUAGUCAACCUAAUAACUGUGGUAGAGCUUUUCUUUCAAGUUUUAAGGUAGAAUUCUUAAAAAUUCGAGAGUUUUAAGCCGGAAAUUGACUUCAAAAUAGGAAAACAGAGGAGAUUUGAAUUGAAAAAUAGAAAAAGUUGAAAUUUAAGACCUUUGGCAGGAAAUUGACUCGAAAAAUCAUCUAAGGAAAAAAAUUUUUGAGUAAUUUUUUUAGAGAUUUUUUUGUAGGAAAUCGAUUCAAAAAGUAGAAAAAAAUAGCGAAAAUUGGCUGGGAAAUUGUUAAGAAAAAUAGAAAUUUCGAGAAAUAUGGAGAGGUUUUGGUCAAAAAAAUGGACUAAAAAAAUAGAAAAAAAGGGGAAAUUUUCAAAAAGUCAAGAUUUUUUUCAACAGGAAACUGUUCUGAAAUAAAAAAAGACUCGAAAUUUUUGAAUUUAUCUUUCUAAAUUCAAUAAAAUUCCACUUUUGAGAGCGAUUUCCAACGAUUUUUUUGGACUUUUUAAAACCUUAAUAAACUUCAAAUUCAUUAUUAUUCUCAAAAUUUGCUGAUUCUCUGAUUUCCUCUACCUUUUUCGUAUAGUAGGCCAAAAAGGCCAACAUCUUUAGAGGUUCCCAUGAUCUCCCCACGCAUUUCUACCGUUUCCCACGGUUUUGAUUGGGUUUUCCAAUUUGCCUAUUUUGUGAAUCAUUCGGAUCUGCAUGGGAUUCUCGAUUUGCAUAUUGAAUAGAUAGGAAAAAACCAAUCAGUGUGAUAAUCGGUCAAGAUCAAACAUACGAUUUUCGAAAAAAAAAAUUCCGUUAAUUUGGGGUUUGACCUUUGAGAAAACUGGUUUUGAAAUGGGUUCGGAAUGCGCUGAAUCACUGAUUUUUGGAGGAAUUUCUGCGGUUUCGAAUUUUUCAAAAAUUCUAGAGCUUCGAAAUUGUGUUUUUUGUUAGAAGAAGAGGUCAAGCCACAAUUUUUGAAGCUUUCAAAAAAAAUUUUCGGGAAGAAAUGAGUAAAAUUCAGUUGGAAGGUAGAAAAUUAAUCAAAAAAAGUAGUGAAAAUAAAAAAUCAAGUCCAAAAUUGGUCAUUUCAGCAGCGGCCCCGACGACGUCGGCCAACACGGCAGGGCCAUCUUCGGGCUCCCCGGCCCUCCCACUUCUCAGUCCGAUGCUCCCGACGCCCGUCAUGCCGACCGCCGUCCCCAGUCCCAUCUUCCCGCCGCCGGCCCUAACUCCCAUCCAGCCGCCGCCAAAACCCCCCAAAACUGAGAAAUUCAUGGCCCCCGAGACCAAGAAACGCCGUGUGAUGGCCGCCUCGAACGUCGCUGAAGAAACCGCGAUCCGCAAGAUUCUGAAUCGACCAACGGCCCUGGUCAUGCCCAAGUUGACCCCGAUGGAGCCCGUCAAACCCGCGAAUCCGAAGAAUCCCGGAACUCCAGUCAACCAAGUCAAUCAAGCCAAUCAAGUGAUUCCAGUGAUUCCAGUGAAUCAAGUCAAGGUGAGGAAAGAAUGGAGGAAAAUUGGCCUAGAAAAAUAUUCUAUACGCUUCUAGUUUUGAAAAAGUGACCCUUCUUGAGCUUGUGGAUGAUUUUUUUUUUCCUUAAAUGAAGAAAAUCUUGAAAAAAAUGGGAAUUUUCGUCCCGAGAAUUUUCCUAACACACUUUUUUGGUACCGGUGUCAAAAAUAAGCCAAUUCUCGCCGACCAAAUACGACUUGCGCGCGGAGGCAUUCUGUAGCAACAAGCGAAAACCGCUAGAAGUCGGGUGCAAUUCCAAAAAUCUAAACUUUUUGGCGAAAAACCGCCUUGAACCAUUUUUUAGUGUCUCAAGACGAAAAAUCAAAAAAGGCAUGAAAAAUUUCUAUUCCAAGGCUAUUUUUUCGCGUCUAUAAAAGUUGAGCUCGGACAUUUUUCUUAAUAGAAACUAGGCCGAAAAUCCCGAGCUCGAGUUUCAUGUUGCAUGUCCAAAUUCGCUAAUUUCAGAACGAAGAGCCCCUGAAAGGCGUCACCGUAGAGAUCCCCGAAAAAGGUCAGGCUCACAUAACCUUACCCAAAAAUGGGAUCAUGACCGCCUGGAUCGCCAUGCUCAACAACACGGCCGGCGAUGGCAAAACUUCUGGUGAUUCUGAAUCCCCCCUCGACGAAAAUAACGACCUCUUCAGUGACCAUCUCGCCGACGACGCCGCUCACUUCGACGCCGCCGAAGGUCGUCAUCACGACGACCCCGAUGACGACGUCGCCGAGCACGUCUUCCAACUUGCCCGUCGAGGAGGAAGACGAGCAGUUCAUCGACGUCGAAUCGGUCGACGACGACGCCUUGGAGGGCAGGGACCGCCGGAAGGCCCACGUCGAGUUCUAUCGCAAAGUCAAGAGCAUCCGGAUGAGGUGAUUUGUGCGGGGGAAGACUGUCUAUUCCGUCAAUUUACAAGCAUAAUCUGAGUUUUUCUAAUUUAGAAAAUAUAAAAUUUGCGAUUUUUUUUCCGAUUUAUAAGCUUAUUCAAGCGAGUAGAAUUUAUAUUUUCCGAAAAAAUAACUCCAUCUUUUGUUUACUACCAUUCGGUUUGACCUAGCGGAGAAGAUUAGGCAGGUCGAAGACUGUAAUAAUGAGUAGAAACACGUGUUGGCGCUCUUUUUUUGACCGGGAUAGUUUAUAAAAGUACGGUCCGCCAUGUGGAACUUUUCCAUAUGUGAUUCUUCCCGAAAAAUAAACAGUAACCCACGGAAAAUACGAGUAGAAACACAUGUUAGCGGCCUUUUUUUGACCGGGAUUGUUUACAAAAGUAUGUGGUAACUGUAUUCCAAAAGACUGUUCCAUAUGUGAUUCUUCCCGAAGAAUAAACAGUGAUACAUAGAAAAUACGAGUAGAAACACAUGUUAGCGGCCUUUUUUGAGUUUGGAAAUUUACAAAAGUAUGGUCUGCCAUAUGGGAAUUGACCUAGCUGCGAAGGUUCUAAUAAACUUUUGAAGAAACGAAAAAAAAUUUAGUUUUGAAUCCAGGAAAAAAACCAACGGAAGUCUUCGGAAAAGUAGCUUUAAUGAAGAAAAAAAAUUUUUUGACUGCGGCUGAAUUUUCAGGAAAAAUUAUGGAAAAAAAGGUUCAGAAAAAAAAAAUCAGUUAACUCGAAAAUGAGCUUCGAAUAUAUAGUUCAGUUUAUCCGUAGAGCGCAGUUGCUUUCCUUUUUUCAGAAAAACUCAAAAAAAUUAUAAGAUUUAUAAAUUUUCAAAAAUGGUUUUUCCAAUGGCACGGCAUUCCUAAUGGGGAAGGUGAGACGUCAAAGUUUCUGAAUUUACAAAAAAAAAGUAAGUGCGCGCUCCGGAUAAAAUGACGUCAUUCUACGUCGCAAAUUACACUGAGUAUUCAAAGUUUAUAACUUGUUUGUUCGAUCGCCUUUGGCUGCGUACUGGAGAUUUGAAUUUUCGCGCUUAAUUUUUUUGACCCCACCCCGUUUGGGAACGCCGUGAAUGGAGAGACUCUUGAAAUUUCGUUUUUCGAAUUUUUUUCAAAAAAAUCUUACCUCUAGUUAUCCUUAGAGCGCAAAUGCCUUUUUUUACUCAUAUUUUUCCUAAUUUUUUUGAACUAUUUUCUAUCAAUACUCGGAAAUUCGUUUCAAAUUUUCAUCAACAAAGAGCCAAAAACCAUUGGAACUCGUUCUAUAAACCUCAACCUCCAAACUCAAAAUAUAAAAAUAGAAUAUCAUGCGGAUUUUCACAACAAUGAUCCUUUGCAAACCGAAUUUGAAAAGGAACAUGUUCGAAUGGAAGCUGCAUUGCAGGGCUGCCAAAGAGACAUCGGUGAAAUGCGCGAAAUGCGACGAAAUGGUCGAGAACAACGACAAUGCCCUUCAGCGGCACCUCACCGAGCACUGCGACGCCGGAGGGUGAGAUAAAUGGGUCCCGGAGCGAAAAUUACAGUAGGCAGCGUUUUUAGGUAUCAUUGCAAGUUGUGCGGCUGGCAGUCGCCGGAGAAGUACCGCAUGUACGAGCACAUGAGGAAGGAGCAUCCGAAAAAGGUGAGGGGUUGGAGAGUGACGUCAUGAGCUUGAGCAUGAGUUUGAGCUGGACUAGGUUGUAAUGAGAAAAGAAUUUUUUGAUUUAGCAUGACGUCAUAAUUUUUGAAAAGCUGCAAAAAAUUUCAAAUUAGGAGCUCGCGAAGAUAUUCCAUAUACUUGAGCAUGAACUUGAGCUGGACUAGGUGGUAACUUCUGAUAUAGAGAAAAUUUGAGCAUAUCAUCAUAAUUUUUUGAAAAGCUGUUAAAAGUUUCAAGUUUAUGGCUUGGAAAUGGAUGUCAUGAGCUUGAGCUGGAGCUGGAGUAGGUGUUAGCUUCUUAUAGGUUGAAAAAAUUGGAAAGACGUUCUGAGCCUGAACUUGAGCUGAAACAGGAUAUUGAUAAAUAAUUGGAUAAUACAGCGAGGGGAACUAGAUUGAUGACGUCACAAAUAGACUCGAAAAUGACGUCAUGAACUUCAGCAAAAAAUAACUAGUUUCCCUGUUUCUAAUGAUGUUAAAUCCAAGUCUCUUGAAAAGUUUAAUGAUGAGCUAGAUUUGGAGCGCUUGAGAGUUUAGAGUAAAAUGAUCUCAAUGACGUCAUAAUAAUAAAGUGAUGUCAUAAAUUCUUGAGUUCGAGUUUUGGGCAGCUCCAAUAGAUGGAUAAAUGAUGAAAAGUUGGUAACCUUGAGAUUGAAGGAAAUUUUAUUUACUAAGGAUAGAUGGAAGCGAUAUCGCUGGCGAUACGACCUUUCGAAAUAACUGCUUUUUAGUUGCGCAGGUCUUGCCAUUUUCCUCGGCGCGAUAUCGCGUUUUUCUCGCCGCGAUUUCGGAUUUAUGAACAGAGGGGGAUUUUGGAGCUAAGUGCAUACGAACACUAUCAAUAUUCAUACUUCAAAGUGAUUUCUACCGUUCUUUGAAAAGAAAUAUUGCAGGUGGACAUGUUCUCGGACAAGCGGAACAUGACGAAGCUGAGUGCGGCGAUCACCGAAUGUUUCCCGCGGCUGAGCGCCAGGGCCAAGAAGGAGGCCGAGAAAGGCUCCGACCGAUUCAUGACGUCAGUCGCAUCAUCUUAGGCUCUUUUAACGGAUCUUUGGAUUUUCUAGUUUUUGCUGAUUUUUCUUUUUAAACUCCUUACUUAUUUGUCUUUCUCAAUUCCGUGUUCAAAAUUAACUUUGGGUGAUUUUCAGGGAGCUCAUGAAGCUCGGAAUUUCAUACUGCGCCUUGUGCAGAUCCGACCUCCGCAUGGACAAGUACAGCAUUUUGCGCCACGUUCAGACCCUCCACACCGUCAAGUGAGCUUUUUAGAGGUUUCUGUGAAAAAAAUCGUUCAUUUUCAAAUCUCUAGAUUAGAAACGAAAAAUUAUGAAUUUCGUGUCAUUCUCACAGAAAACUUUGUUCAAAGACCAGCUGCUUUUUGAGAAAAUUUUGAAAAUCCAAGUCUUUGUGUUUUUUUGGUGUUUCAGAAAAGAAUGGGGUGCCUCGAAAAAUUUACUAUUUUGCAAAGAUUUUUUGAAAUUUCAAGCUUACAAAGUCUAAAUUUGAGUUUCUAUAAGCCCGAAUAGAGUUUUCGAAUCAGUACCUCCCAAAAAGUUCCACAAAAACCGAAAAAGAUUCAAAAAAUUUCGGUCAGCGUGUACCGGCCGUCUACUUUUUCAUUGGACGACUUGUGCCUUUUUUUGAGCCCUAUUGUUUCGAGUUUGACGCGACGGCGCUCAGAUUUGAAUCUUUUUUUCCAAAAUGAAAUUUUCGAAUCGCCGCCUCCAAAAAGUUCGAAAAAGUGUGGUCAGCAUGAGUCGACGUGCCGGCCGUCUGGCUUUUUUGCGCCCCAUUGUUUCGAGUUUGUCGCGACGGCGCUCGGAUUUGAAUUUUUCUAAGUUGAAGUUUACGAAUCGCCGCCUCCAAAAAGUUCGAAAAAGUUUGGUCAGCAUGAGUCGAUGGCCGGCCGUCUGGCUUUUUUGCGCCCUAUUGUUUCGAGUUUGUCGCGACGGCGCUCAGAUUUGAAUUUCGUGACGCGUUUUGAAACCAAACUAGGAGGACUAGGGGACAAGAAGAAAAAGUUUGGCGGAGACUUUGGAAAAGGGGGAAUAAAGUUUGGAUGAUGAAAACUGAGUUUUUCCAAACUGGAAGGUGUUAAAAAAUUCCUGAUAAGGUAUUUGGAGGUUCAGGACUUUAAUUCAAAUUGAAAAAUGCUCUUUUCCUUCAGAGAAGUUCAUGAAAAAGCAUACAAAAAAAGUUUUUAAGAUAUAGAAAUCAAAAAAAUAAUUUAAAAAUUUCUACCUCAAUUCAACCCUUCAAGUUACUGACAGUUGCAGGGAGUUUUAAGGAAUGAAACUAGUUAUAAAUUUGAAGUGUAUUAUCGAAAAUUUGGUCAGGUGCGCUCUAUGGCUAACCGCCUCUAAAAUCGCCUUUUUCUACCAGGUUAAAAAAAGGUUCUGACACUGACGAAGAGCUUCAAUUAACGACUAUCAUUCCAAUUCUGAUCGAAAAGUCUCCAAUUUGACAAUUCGCAGAUGCAAGCACUGCAAGACGACGACCAACACGAGCGAAGGCCAGAUCCGACAUCAACUUGAGGCCCAUGGCCUGAACGAGCCCCAACUCUCUGUCGACUACGCUCCGUGCUCGGCCGACUCGGUCCUGCUUCCGCAACUUCAGCUUUGCUUCCCUACCGUCAUCUUCAAUCCCGACUCUGAGCCUGGAUCCCCGAACUGA